AUCCUGCUUGGCACGGCAGACCAGGAAGAGGUGAGGGCGGCAGGAUGGCAGCCGGGUGCUGGCACAGAGUGCAGGAGCUCUGCGGCAGGUACAAGGAGUUCGUGGUGCAGAAUCCCACCGGGGCCGGCCAGCUGGAGGGGGCGGUCCGCAUGCUGUCCUACCUGAUCGCAGGGCGAUUUGCAGAUUCCAACGAGCUUUCUGAGCUGGUGUAUUCCGCCUCCAACCUGCUGGUUUUACUUAAUGAUGGAAUCCUGAGGAAGGAGUUUCUGAAGCCUCCGCCUGCAGACGUUUCUCGCCAGAGGCUCCUCAACUGGCUGGGGGUCCUGGAAAGCCUGGAGGUUUUUAUUGAGAUCGGUUCCGCCCGGGCAUGGGGCGACCAAACCCGAUGGGCAGCCAUCCUCAUCAUUCAGCUGCUCAAGGCCUGCUUACGUCUCGUCCUUCUUCUCUGGUAUAAAGCUGGCAUCCAGAGUUCCCCUCCUGUGGCACCGUUGGACCGCGAGGGGACCCUUAACCAGACUGAAGAAGGAAACGAGAGAAAACAACCCAGGUGCUUUGUGGGAAAGAGAUCGAGUCGCACCGUGCGCUCCCUGUCUGACACUCGUUCCACCCGCACUCGCGUUUGGAGAAGCCCUCAAGCUCCGGAGUCAAACAACGGACGGCAGGGAGAUGGUCAGCGAGAUGGGGAAUGCACGGAGCUGGGGCCGCUAGGCACAAUGGCCGAAACAAUUCACAUCCUGCGACCCAUCUCACACCUGGUGAGUUUGGCCGUCUGGGGCCAGAAGUCAUGGAAGCCCUGGAUGUUGGCUGCAGCUCUGGACGUUACCAGUCUGACCGUAUUGAAUGACAGCGGAAAACUGAACCGUAGGGAGCGGGGGGAGCUGAGAAGACGGACCCUUCUGUUACUCUACUACCUCGUACGCUCUCCUUUCUACAACCGCUAUACAGAAACCCGGCUCCUCUUAUUGUUGCGUCUCUUGGGAGACUACGUCCCGGGACUUGGCUUGGUGGCGCGGCCGCUCAUGGAUUACUUACCUGUCUGGCAGAAGAUCUAUUUCUAUAACUGGGGAUGAGGACAAACAUCCCGUGGAUUCUUCCCCCCCCCCACCGUUGCUGGAUGGGGUUCCCCUGGGACGUUGUUGGAAUUUGGAACCCUACCUUCUCCUUCCCCUUGGCAGACGUUCUCACUCGGAACCGGACAUCCCUUCCCUUCGUACACAUUUCCACUGCGGCCUCCCGUAUUCCGCGUCGAUUUGACUUUUGUUCCUGCACCUAUGGCGUAUAAUUGCUUCUGACGCCGCCGUGUGUGUCUGUAACACCCUGGGCGGGUGGCAGCAUGAUAAUUCCCAGGACCCUUAGCCGAUGGCUGGUUAAGAGGGGCAUGAAAUGAUGCGCUAGAGACUUUUAAGCUGUGAAGGACUUUUAUAAUUCCCUUGGAAUAAGCUGAUCAGUAGGCUGUACAUACAAUAAACUGUUUCUAAUCUCUUUA